AAAAUCGUGGUAUUUUGUGUGUAUGUUACCGGCAGUGCAUUAAUUUGAAAAUGUUUCAACAAUAAAUUUCUACGAUUGUACAUGUUCAAAAUACAAAAAACUACUGCUUUAUGUCUGUCAAAAACUAAUUACUGCUUUCUGUUGUGGAAAACAUGCUGCAGUUGCGUAGUACGAUCUAGUCUUGUGCAUACCGACGAAAGAAAUGGUAUCGACGCAUUGUUGUGCGGUCGCAAGUCAUGUGACUUGCGGGACUGAAAUGUUUGCUGACGGGCCGUAGGUGUCAACUGUCAGUGUAGGAGUGUACAGUUAGCCGCAGGUGUUUUUUAGCUGUUACAACGUUGUGAAAAUAGAUUUAUUCUUUGUGACGAUUUGGACGGUGAAUGUGGAAAACGAAAUACUACUUCACUUGGGAAAUAUAUGGGCAUAAACUGCUAGUCUGUUUUUCUCUACGUAAAAUGCAUUGAUGGUUCUACUCAAGCAUUCAUUUUUCUCUGGAGGGAAAGUUUUAACUUUGAGAGCUACAAUGGCUUCACGAAAUCGACCAAUAUCUGACAUGGCAGCCUUUAAGGAUGUGCUCAGAAAAUCAAAAAACUGUGUUGUGUUAUCUGGAGCAGGUGUAUCUGCAGAAUCAGGUAUACCAACCUUCAGGGGAUCUGGAGGAUUCUGGAGAAAGUAUCAAGCACAAAACUUAGCCACACCUGAAGCUUUCCAGAGAGAUCCUUCUCUUGUGUGGGAGUUUUAUCAUUAUAGAAGAGAACUUGUGAUGACAAGAAAACCAAACAAGGCUCAUUUUGCCAUAGCAGAUUGCCAAAAGAGAUUCAGAGAUCAAGGGAAAUCAUUUACAAUAAUUACACAAAAUAUUGAUGGGCUGCAUCAACAAGCUGGUGCUGAAGAUGUUAUAGAGCUGCAUGGUUCACUUUUCAAAACAAGUUGCACCAAAUGCCAUGAAGUGUUAGAGAACAGAGUCAGCCCAAUAUGUCCAUCGCUGGCUGGAAAAGGGGCUCCAGACCCAGGUGCAGUCUCAGCAGACAUUCCUGUCUCUGAAUUGCCACACUGCAAAUCAAAUGGCUGUGGAGGACUUCUGCGACCUCAUGUUGUCUGGUUUGGGGAGGGGUUAGAUCCUGAAGUCUUGGUACAAGCUGGCUUACAUUUGGAUUCUUGUGACCUGUGUUUAGUAGUGGGUACAUCUUCUGUUGUGUAUCCGGCAGCAAUGUUUGCUCCUCAGGUAGCAGCCAGAGGUGUACCUGUGGCAGAAUUCAACCUAGAGGAAACUCCUGCCACAAAUGAAUUUCAAUUUCAUUUUGAAGGUCCAUGUGGAUCAACUGUUCCAGAAGCACUGUCAGUGUAGUAUUACUGAAACAUUUAUGUUCUAUAUCUGGACUUAAAUCAAAUGUAAUAGUAUUCUGAUGAGAAUGACAAACUGUUGAAAAAAAAUGUAUAUAUUUGAAAUGUUGUGUUACCUGAGUGAUAAAUGUUUUUAAAAAAUCA